CAGAGACCAGCAAGAGGUUAGGGCUUGACAGUCCAGCGAAGAGGAGAAGAUCUGGCAAUGAGGUAACUCCUCGAUUUGAUCUGCCGCUCCGCUGGAUCCGGCACGAUCGAGAGCGAGCGAUCGAUCAAUCGCACAGCGCUUUGGAUCCCGCUGUGAGAAUCCCUCGAAAUAUCAAGUGGCAGGGUUUCUUGAUCAUCAUCACUGCGUUUGCGGAGGGAUCUUGAUCAUCGCCAUGGUGUGAUGGUGCCGAGAAGAUGGUUGGGGCAUCCAGGGAGAGCAUAGGGUCUGGAAAAUGCGCAAAUGCGGUGCUGUUCUCAGCAGUGGAUACUACAAUCCCCCGAGCUCGCCGGUGCUCGAUCUCGCCAACACGGGCGUGAGAAAGGCCGACCUUUUGGAGCGCGAGAGGGAUCGCAAGAAGGUUUUCAUCCAGCUCUCGCCGGAGGAACUCAAUGUGGCGUUUGGGGACGAGAUUGUGAGCAAGAAGGGGAGGCGCUGCUCCGACUAUACGCCGCGAUCCAAAGGCCAGCUUGGAAACCAGCACAGUUUGACUGAUGUGUGGAAGUAUCCCCGGAAGGAAGUGGCAUCGUCGUCGCAUUCCAGGCCAGCGUCGGAGCUCUCCAAAGGACGUGCUUCUAGCAGGAAUGAGAUGGAUCGCCCUGGAGAAGUCUCGGUCCAUGUUGGCUCUCCCUCGAGAGUUGGAAGAGAUCAACCCAGAGCUCCUGGAGGGCCGGUUUCGAUCAGACUCUCGCCAUCUCCGCAGAGGUCUCCAGUGCGAUCUCCGCAGCAGCGAUCGCCCGUGAAUACUCGGCCUUCCUCGGCUCGGAGAGUGGAUGGCGAGCCGGGGAUGCAAGUCGACUUGACGGAAGGAGUGCAAAUCCGAGUGAGCAGUCCCAGGAAGAGCUCCGCCACCUCGUUGUCUCGAACUGGAAGUGGUGGUGGUGGUGGAAAUGGCGGUGGGAUCACUGCGACUGCUUCCGGUGGAGCUUUGAUCUCGAGCCAGCACUUUCAUCUGGAGAACAAUCCUGCGCAAUCGGUAACUGUUAGGACAAUGAAGGACGUGAACGUCAGGACGCAAGCUCUCAAAGACGGUGUCCAGUUCCGACUUGAUGGAAGGCCGGGAGUGCAAUUAUCCGUGAAGAUGGGAGAGCCAACGAAGAACGGGACCGGGCUGAGGAACUCAAUCAAGAUUGAGGCUCAGACGCCCAUGGACGAUGAUGGCUUUGGAGGAGGAAUGUAUGGAAGAGGAGGUAAAGGUGGAAGAUGGGAUGAAUUGCUCUCGUAUCAGCGUCCAACCGUGUCGCAUCUCAUACACGCAAGGAUGACCCAGCUCUACAAAGAGCUCCGAAAGAGCAUUCCAAAGUAACCAAGAGAGAGCGAGCGCAUUUUUUCAAGUGGACGGACACCGCUUUACGGUAAGUCUGGAACAAUCCAGGAAGAGAAAUCUCCCAGGAUACUACAGUGUUUUUAAGGGGUAAAGCGAGCUGGUUAUUUUAGUAAGUUUAAAUUGUCAUUUUGCCCUUUUCCUCUCUUCUUGGUUAACAUCUUUGGGGUUUCCUCGGCUUGUAGCGCAGGAUCGAACAGCAACUCCACGGCAUUGCGCGCGACAAACAGUUUCUCAUCUCUCUCUCUCUCUCCUUUCGCAUCGUUCCCCAAGCAUCGAGGAAAGGCACAGAUUCUCUCCGGUAGCGCUGCUCUUGAGCUUCUAGGCUUGUCGGACAGGGAUAUAGAGAGCACAGGCAGCUUCUUUCCUCGCUUCAGCAAAGCGCUAACACCGUCGCGUCCAAUCGGCCGGCAGAGGAAGUUCACUGCUCCGGCUCCGAGCUGUCCUGGACCUUGCCAUCGUGAGGGAUUGAGCCGGGAUUGAGAGCAAAAGGCAGCUUCUUUCGACGUCCUCUUGGUUGAGGAAUCGAUCGACAGGAGCUAUCUCAGCGCGCCGUGGAGGAGAUCUGCGAGUUUGACGGCGGGCAGGCACGGGAGCCCUCAGCCGGCCGGUUGCAUCUUGUCUGAGAAACGCAGCUCGUUGAUGAACGGCCGAAUGCCUCGGUCCUCAACGGCGGUCUGAACGGAUGGAAAAGUGCCGAUCGAAUCGGUUCCAGAUAUCGUUGGGUGAAGGAAAGGCGGCUUCUAGCUCUUGGUCGGAGACAUCGUCCGCGCUGUCUCAGCGCAUUGUGGAGGAAAUCCGCGAGCUUGAAAUCGCAGCGGAGAGCCGGCGGACAGGCACGGGAGCCCCCAGACGGCCGCUUGCAACGUGUCCGAGAAACGCAGCUACUUCAUGGCUCGUUGAUGAACGGCGGUCAGAAUGGAUGGAAAAAUGCCGAUCGAGCAGCCAGAUAUCGUUGUGAAUGGACGACAAGAUGCCUCAUUCAGAUACAAUCCUUUGAUCAUCGCGUGCUGAGGUUGAUCUUGCUCUAGAGAUUGAGCCAUGGCCAUUACUCUAUUUACAUUGCUCUCCCACCACAUUCUUAAUGUCCAGUUCCACACAGGAACUGGUCAUUCACUUACGGUUCACAAAUUUGGCAGAUCUUUAUACUCCUGCUGCUUAUAAAUCUUAAAUUCCUUUCGUCUUUGACCUCUAACAACGGUUUAUACUCUACCGGAUACUCCACCCAUAUUUAAUGAUUCGACCAUAAAAGAUUUGGGGAGUAUCGCACCGUAUGACUCGAGUCAUCAAAUCUGUGUAGCCUGUAGAGAUCAAGCGAAUGAUCCCACAAACCGGCAUGUCAAGAAGAUGUUUAAGCAGCUUGCGGGAGUUGGCUAUGCUCUUCUAUCCAGUUUGCGACCAACGUUCUUUUGCAAACUUGAUGCAAACGAUGAAUUGUGGAUCUCUGAUGCGAUAUAUGCAUCACCGCAACCUGGUCAUCACAUGCUUUAUGAAGCAUUGUUUUAUUUCCUACAUUUGCUUCAUACGCCCCCAGCUCCCACACUAAGCCCCCAUGCGAUUGAGCUCACCCAAGUUCAAGACAAAGGAAUUACCCGCCCGGAUCUGACCGGUGCAAGGCUCGCCAGAUCCGUGAGAAGUGAAUUUUGCAUCAGGCACAGCAAAAGAUCAAGUGCCAUUGAGCAGCAUAUAGCUAUGGAUGGCAUGGUUAGACGUGUAUGUAUUAGAGUUUUCUGAUAUACAGCAUAUUUUUA